GUCGAUGCUGCUGCCGCCGCUUUUCUGACCUGGCUUCCCGGCAGCCGCUGGUUGGCUGAGCUGGCACGCGCUCCUCGCAGCGUGACGGGAAGAGGAGGAGGAGAAGGAGGAAGCCUUGCUGUUGCCGAUAACCGGCACUGGCUGCUGGAGUUCUUCCUUCGGCUCCGAGGGCUGCGCCCGCCCGACUGCUUUUCUCGCUGAUUGCCUUCGUCCGCGCGGGCGUUUGAGCGCUUGUUUCGCGCCGCCUUCUGUCUCCCUCUCCUUCUCCUUCUCCUCCUCCCCGCUCCUCUCUCUUUCCCUCCCUUCCUUCCUUCCUCCCCCUCCCCUCUCCCCUCCCUCCCUUGCCCUUCUUCGCCAUGUCCACUCGCUCGUGCCGGGAAAAGGCGCAGAAGCAGAACGAGCAGCACCAGGCCAUUCUGGCCAAGCUCUUGCGGGAGGACGACAACAAGUAUUGUGCGGACUGCGAGGCCAAAGGUCCACGAUGGGCUUCCUGGAACACAGGUGUUUUUAUUUGUAUCAGAUGUGCUGGAAUACAUCGAAAUCUGGGAGUUCACAUAUCAAGGGUCAAGUCUGUCAACUUGGACCAAUGGACACCAGAACAAAUACAGUGCAUGCAGGAAAUGGGAAAUACCAAGGCAAGACUACUUUAUGAAGCUAAUCUACCAGAGAACUUCCGAAGACCUCAAACAGAUCAAGCUGUGGAAUUUUUCAUCCGGGAUAAAUAUGAGAAAAAGAAAUACUAUGACAAGAAUGCAGUUAAUGUCACCAGUAUGUCUUCCUCUGACGCUGCUCAGCCUUUGGCAUCCUCUCCUUCUCUGCAAGCUGCUUCUGAGAAAAGCAAAAUGGAGAAGGAAAAAGAAAAAAAGAAAGAAGAGAAGAAGAAAGACAGAGAACCAGAUAAACCUUUUAAAUGCUUGGGAGUUGAAAAACCUCAGAAGAAAGAGGAUCAGCAAUUGGAACUUAAAGCAAGUCCUAAGAAAGCACAAGAAUCCACUGUCGAUCUUUUAGGACUUGAUGGUCCUGCUGAUUCCUCUGUUACGAAUGGAAGCAUCACAACUUCUGCCACAGCGUUGAAUGAUGACCUGGAUAUAUUUGGCCCAAUGAUCUCUAAUCCUUUGCCAGCCACUUCUAUACCUCCUUCUCAGAGCGCUUCCACUAACCCUGCAGCUGCCACUUUAUCCGCUGCAUCUGGAGAUCUUGAUCUGUUCACUGAACAAACAAAAUUGGAAGAGUCAGCAAAGAAACAGCUCUCCAAAGACUCCAUAUUGUCGCUGUAUGGCACAGGGACCAUGCCGCAGCAAAAUCCUCCAGGUGUAUUCAUGGGCCAGCAACCUAUGCCCUUCCCUGCACAAUCAUCAAGUCAUUUUCAAGGCUUUCCUGCCAUGGGAGUGCCUGUGCCUGCAGCCCCUGGAAUGAUGGGAAACAUGAUGGGACAGUCGGUGCCUGUUAUAGGACAGAAUGCAGGCAUGAUGGUGGGCAUAGGCAUGCCGAAUGGCUUUUCUGUCCCAGCACAGUCUGCUGGUUUAGGACUUCCUCAAAAUGUUGUUGGACCCCAAGGAACUAUGGUUGGGCAGAUAGCCCCAGCACAAAAUAAAUAUGGUAUGCAGCCAACUCAGCCAACUCAAUGGAACCUUUCUCAGAUGAAUCAGCAAAUGGCUGGAAUGAAUCUGAGUAGUUCCAGCAAUAUGAUGGGCUUUGGCCAGCCCCCCAAUACAGUGGCAGGAUGGACUGGAAGUUCCUCGGGCCAGACUCUCAGCACACAACUCUGGAAAUGAAAAUUGCAAUAGAAGCUUCAUCCAGAUUAGAGACCUGACAUUCCGUGCACACAAACAUUUAAUUUCCUGGGUCUGUCCAUGUACAUAUAUCUUUCCCUCCUUUCUCCUUCUUCAACCUCACAGAAUUGUUUAUAUUAAGAAGUAAUCUUAACUGACCGUGUUGUGGUCUGUAUUGACUUAAAUUUUGAUGUAGUGAAAAGCAGGUUGAGAACACCUAUCAUCGGCAGCUCUCUCAUUUUACAGUACACUUGAUUUCAUGAAUCAUAUCUUUCAGAAGAGCUACAUGACCAACUACAUACUCAAAUUAUUUUAUCAGUAAUAGAUCAAACGUUUGCAUAUAAGGGAAAUAGUUAUCAUGUUAGUACUAUCUCUAAUAUGUAAAGCCCUCUCCGCCAACUACCCAGGAAUCCCGUAGAAGGUACUGUAUGAACAAAUGUUAAUCAUAUAAAAUAAGAGUGUAUAUGUAUUACUGAAGAAUGUUUUUCCUUGUGUAACUGAUUUUGUUUCAUCAUUCUUCUCACUGUAAUAUUACUAUGAUGUGCUGAACAGGGACAAUAGAUAGUGAAAGAGAGAUAAACCUGGAUGUCACUGUGGCUCCAUCAGUUUUCUUUAAAUUAGAAGUUAGCGAACUAUUUGAGUUUCUUGUUUCAAAAUAGGCAAUCUGACUACAUAUGUAUGUACAGAGGACUAAUUUAAAAAUAUAUAUUACACAACAUACAUACAGGGUAACUCACUCAAUUGUCUAUUUUUUGUCUUUACAGCUGUAUCCAGGUUUAUGCCAGUAAUUGUGUUUACAUUUUAUGGUGCCUCGUAUUGAUAAGCUGUUGCUUCCCUAUAUUAAAGAAAGAAAUCCAUAGA